AUAGAAACGAGUUAAGGACAAUAUAAAGUAAUGGAUAAAGUAGUAUUUUACAGAUUUGUGAUCUUAAUUUUGAAUCUGGAUUAUUUAGAGUUUGUUACGUGUUGUCCCAGUAAUGUACGGGUUUAUACUGAACUUGGCGGAAUGCCAGUCCUAAACUUCAGUAUAUCCCUUGAUCCGAAGGUGACUUUUGAUAUUUACCGAGUUUCAAGAUAUGAUGGAAGCACGUUACUUAGUUUGCAAUAUGAAAAAGGACAAGUGUUUGGCAAGCCACUAUUACAGAACUGCUCGUUUGCUUCAACGGCUAUCGCUGCAAGUGGGAUUCUUGACAUUAUACUAAACAAUGUGACUGCGGAUGGUCGGGGCACAUACUAUUUGCGAAAGGGGGGACAAAAAGAUCCGCUCAGGUGCUACACAGUAUAUAUUCUUGGUUCACCGAUAAUCCCGUCUUUAGCUACUAACGGAUCCUUCUACGAGGGCACAAAUUUACGGAUUUCUUGCACGAGUACAUCAACAACACUUCCAAGCAAUCAUUCCUUGUCCAUCCAGUAUAACUGGGCAAUAAAUGGAUCGUCAAUUGCAAGUGGUGGCAGGUUUUCCUUUGAUUCAUCUGACAAUAAGGAAUUGACGAUAUAUAAUAUAUCAAGGAAUGAUCGCCGGAGCGUGGUUCGUUGCACCGCUACAGAGGUCGGAGGCAAAUCCUCACAGGCCUCCGAAGUGACUUUGAACGUAUUUUACGGCCCAGAAAACAUCCGAUUUCUAUCAAGUGGACCUUCUUUGGUUUUGACUAACGGCGACACGUUUAAUCCAGUUACAUGCAUAGCGGAUUGCAAUGAAGCGUGUACUUUUACCUGGAAAAAGCAAAACGGAUCGGGUAGCUCCUUUACAAGUUCCAAUGCUACUCUUGACCUUGGAUUAAUCCUCCCUUCCGAAAGUGGAAUCUACAUAUGCACUGCAACGCACAUGGUUCCGGGUCAUUCGUUGACAAAAACAUUAAAUGUUUCAGUCAUCUAUGGACCAGACAAAGUUUCCAUUUCACCUAGUAAAACAACAUACACCAUGAACGAAGGACUUACCCUAAAUGUUAUUACAUGUUCCGCACCUUGUUACCCCAACUGUACCUUUGUAUGGAAGAAAGCAGGCCUAACCGUCAGUUCUAAUGCGCGGUUGGAUAUCGGCCAGGUAGACAGAAAUGAUGAUGGCAAUUACACGUGUACGGCACUGAACCCAACAUCUAUGAUGACCAGGGACAGCGCCAGCAUAACCAUCGUUGUUACAUACGGGCCGGAGAAAAUCCGAUUUCGUCCUAAUGUAUCUUCUGUGACUUUAAACGACGGUGCAUCAUUUAAUCCAGUCACCUGCCUUGCUUAUUGCAAUCCAAAAUGUUCAUUUUACUGGACAAAGCAGAAUGAAACAGAUUCAAAUGUUACCAGUUCCAAUGCUACCCUGGACCUAAAUGAAGCCAUUCCCUCAAAAAGUGGCAAUUAUAUGUGUACGGCAACGCACACAAUUACAGGGGAUUCAUUGAGAAGGACGUUAAAUGUUUCAGUUAUUUAUGGCCCAGACAAAGUACUCAUAUCACCUUCCAAAACAACAUACACUCUCACAGAGGGAGAUAUCAUUAACGUCACUACUUGUUCAGCAUCGUGUUUCCCACAAUGUGCAAUGACGUGGAUGAAAACAGGGAAACUAUUCAGUUCUUCGACCGAACUUAACCUAGGACAAGUAGAGAGGGAGGAUGCCGGCGUAUAUGUUUGUAUUGCAAGAAAUCCAUCAUCUAACCUGAGUCAGGCAAGCGCCAAUAUUACCGUGGCUGUAAGGUUUGGGCCAGAUUCCAUAACCCUUUCUCCAUCCGCAAUAUCCUAUUCCUUGAUGGAGGGAGAACCAUUACAACCAGUAUCUUGCACGGCCUCCUGUUUCCCUCCUUGUACGUUUGUAUGGUCGCAAUCAGGAGCUACUGUCAGUUCUGACGAACGCUUGGAUCUUGGUCACAUGAUUAGAUCCGAAGCAGGAAAGUACAUCUGCACUGCAAGCAACUCUGCAACAAACGUGACACUAAGUGGUCAAGAAGUGGAACUCAUCGUAAUAUAUGGCCCUGAUAAUGUAACUUUGACACCUUCGAUAGAAAACUAUACCUUUAAUGAAGGUUAUGACCUUGAACCGAUUACCUGUUUUUCGGACUGCUUACCGACGUGCUCUUAUACUUGGAAAACAAGCAAGGAUGUUAUCGUGAACCAGACAGCCAUCCUUGAUUUAAAACCGUUAGACAGAUCGAAGAUGGAUGAAUACCAAUGUGAUGUGAUCAACGUCAAUUCAUCGAAACAAGAAAGUGGAAGUUUGGUCGCUGUAAAUGUGAGAUACGGUCCAGACACACCUACUUUAAACGUUUCUAAAACGACAACUGUGACCGAAGGCGACACAAUCCAGAUCCUUUGUUCGGCAAAUUGCUGGCCAGCGUGUGUAUUUCGUUGGAAAAACCUGACAGUAGAUACUGCAGUUACUUCCACGAGCUUGCUUCAAAUAAGUCCGGUGUCCCGCUGGAAUUCGGGAACAUACAGAUGCAUUGUAAACAAUCCUUCGAUGGACAUUUUAUUUGAAACAUUUACGGAGGUCGAGCUGAUUGUUCAUUAUCCACCUGAUGUCAUAAUAUUCUCGUCAUCAAAAUCACCAGCGGAAGGAGAGAACUUUACGAUGGUGUGUGUUGCUUCCGGUGUGCCUGCGAUAUAUGAUUUCAACGGAUUUGAACAGAAAGUGGGAGAUGUUGUCGUUUAUAACAACAAUACAAUGCGUCCUGGCCAAAUGGCAAACAUGUCUGUUCAAAUCCCUCUCUUGCAUGUACAAGAUACUGGCACAUUCACUUGUCGUGUAAGCAAUGGAAUACCGGAUGUUGAUAAACGUCUUGUGCACUCUGCUUCUUUCAUGCUCCAAGUUAGAGCAAGACCAAUUAUCUUUUUUGAAGACACCAUAUUUCACGGAGACGCCGGUUAUGACUUGUUUAUCCAUUGUUCCUUCUACUCACAUCCGGAAAUGUCCUUUUAUUAUAUCCAAAGAUAUGACGGACUGAAUGUCACUGUAAACUCUGGAAAUGUUGACAUAGUGGUUAAUAAGACAUUGGUCCGUACACGAUUUUACGACGAGAAUGUCAUUUUGCACGGACAUCGCAUUACUGUUCAUUUUAAAGACUUGACUAGUGAAGAUUUCGGUCGAUACGUUCUUUUCAUAGAAAAUGCCAUAGGAACCCAAUCGACUGAAUUUUCUAUUAUAUCUAAAUCCAAGGUUCCGACUUUCAAUAUCAAUUUCAUUAUCAGCUGUUGUCUCGGGGGAAUUGGCUUUGUGGUGUGUAUUGUUUUUUUGGUCUUGAUUAUAAGGAGGAGACCUUGUUCAAGUAACAAUAAAGAUAACGAUUCUGACGAUACAGUUAGGCAACCAGGGGGCGAUGGACAGCAGUAUCAAAACCUGAGUAGCGACGAAAAUUCUGACGAUACAGUUAGGUCUCCAGGGGGCGAUGUACAGCAGUAUCAAAACCUGAAUAGCUACGAAAAUACUCCAACAGCAAUGACGAAGAAAGGCGUGAAGAAGGGUCCUAAUUAUGACAGACUGGAGAAUUCAAAAUCCACACUGAGUCAUCUUUAUGCUGAAAUUCCUGACAGAAUCGGCGCAACACAGAGUCGUCUUUAUGCUGACAUUCCUGACAGAAUCGGCGCCACACAGAGUCAUCUUUAUGCUGAAAUUCCUGACAGAAUCGGCGCCACACAGAGUCGUCUUAAUGCUGACAUUCCUGAAAGGAUUGGCACUACACAGAGUCAUCUGUAUGAUGAAAUUCCUGACAAGAUCGGAAACUCGUCAUAUAUGAAGAUUGACAAGUCCUUUACAAGGGGUAGUAACGUUUAUCAUGAGCUGAAGUCAAGAAGUAAGAUUUCAAAACAGUUCGACGAAGCUAUUUUUCAGAACGCAAAAAUUGCUACAGAUCUUGGUGCGUGA